AAAGAGGAGCAGGAAUUUGAGCACCUAAGAGAAAGACUGGCUGAACACAAUUAACAAAGCAGAAAUUAAUACAGAAACCAAUCAAAACAGAACAAAACCCAACACAAUACUGUCUCCAAACCCCCCAAAAACACACAAAUUAUCAUGAUCGUAUUUGUUGUAGAAUUAAAUGAAAUGCGUAGCCCACUGAUCUGAGACAGGGGUGAAGUCUAAAUAUUUUUUAUGACGGAGAUUGAAAUCUUGACUUUGGCCAAUCUUGUUUUUGAUGCAAAACGACCACAGUGUUUGCCUUUGCAUUUGGACUUUUAAAUCAAGUUGAGAAUCUCCCAGCAGAAAUCCCUUGCUGCACAAAAAAAAAAAACUGUCAAACAACACAGUUUUAUUGACCAUCAUUAGAAAUCUCUAAUGCGACCUGUAAACUUGAGCUCAAAGACUCUGUGUUCUUAAAGUUCACAGAUAAUAUUCUUUUCUAACUGUGAUUUUAAAUGUGUUUGAUUACAGCUUUGAGUCACUAGUCCAACAUAAAUGUUAAAACAGUCAUUGCAAAGAUGCAGGCUGGAUUCUGGCACACAGGAAUAAAUAGCCUCAGUUUAGCCUCUGGCAUGUUCAGCUGUCCAUUUCCAGCGGGUUAACCGUCCUGAUUUCCCGCUAAGUCUCAACACCGAGCAGACUGCAGCUGUUUGGUUAAAGUUUACUGCAAGGUUUGUGAAGACGAGAGUUGUGGUAAGUUCCCCCCUGUUUCUGAACCACAUUUGGGAAAGUCAUCUGGCUUUUAGGUUCAAAUCGAGAGAAAUAUAAACGGUGGUAAUCAUAUACCAACAUCGAGGUGAGAAUUAGCGGGUAUGAGCUCAGAGGAGGAGUCAGUGGAUCAGACACCGCCCACCUGCGGUCUGCUGGGCCUUCUGCUGAAGAACAGGCGUCCCACCGGAGCUGUCAACGAGGUCUGGCCCGAUCUCUUUGUUGGGAACGCGGCGACAGCUCGAAAUAAAACGCUGCUACAGAAUCUGGGAAUAACACACGUGGUGAACGCUGCAGAUGGCCCUCAGCACAUUGACACCGGGCCACGUUUCUACAGAGACGCCGACAUACAGUACCAUGGAGUAGAGGCAGCAGACUGCAGAGACUUUGACUUGAGCCCGUUCUUCUCAGAGACUGCUGAUUUCAUUCACCGAGCUCUGAGUCAGAAAGGUACGAUUCAGUCAAACCGCAUCAGGACGGAGGCGUGGAGCUACAUUGUAGCUCUGGCUGUAUAUUCAUCGUUGACAUUCUGCUGGACGGUGAAUCCACACAACUCUCAAAUCCUACGAAGCCUCCAGCACUUUUUUUCCAUCCAUCUUCCAGUUUCACCGACCCUACUCAAGAAAACUACCCCGCCAGGUAAGGUACUCGUCCACUGCGCACGGGGAAUCAGCCGCUCGGGAACUCUGGUGUUAGCCUUCCUCAUGAUCAAAGAAGGUCUUACCCUGGUGGAAGCCGUGGAGCUCGUUUGCAGGAGCAGAAAUAUCCUCCCAAACACUGGGUUUCUGAAUCAGCUCUGUCAGCUGGACUCAGCUUUGCGAAGAAGAAAAAUGUAACAUUCGGAGGUGGAGAGAACGCGUGGAUGAUGUACUGCUAAAAGGAGUUUCAUCUUCAUGAAUACUUUAUAUUUUAAAAAGAACAAAAACAGAAUCGGUCUGAAUUUUGCAGUCCAACACAUUUUUAAUCAUUGCCUUUUGAAAACAAUGAUUACAAAUGUGUGUAAUUCAGUGUUAACAUUCUCAUUACAGAUAUGUUUAUUCAACAACGAGCUUAAAAGCAUGAAAAAUGUUUGCUCAAAAAAAUCUUCAGGGGAAAAAAAAGCAGGACAUAUUACUGGUGUUCACUGCUUUGUCAUCCCCUGAAAUUGUUCACAUUUUGAGAUAUAUUUUAUUGGGGUUUUAUGAGUGCACUCUGCAAUUUUAAGAUAUUUCUAAAAAGAACAAACUUUUGGAAUAAUAACUUUCUGUCCUUUCCACAACUACAUCCUGACAAAUAUUUCAAGGAUCGUGUAAACUUGACAGAAAUAAAUGAAGAUUUGACUGACAUAUAAAA